AUGCAGCUGAGCCGCGCCGCUGCCGCCACCGCUGCGCCUGCGGAGCCCCCAGAGCAGCUGUCUCCCGCGCUGGCUCCAGCCCCGGCCCUCCCCGGCCCCCACCCGCGCAGUGCGGCCGGCGAGGCCCCUGCAGGGGGCCAGGGGGGGCCGGGGCGCCGUGCGGAGUCCCCGAGCUCCCCGCUCCAGGUUGCGAGGAGUCCGGGCCCAAGUGUUGGUGCGGGGAUGGACGGCCCCGGGGCGAGCGCCGUGGUUGUGCGCGUCGGCAUCCCAGACCUGCAGCAGACGAAGUGUCUGCGUCUGGACCCAACAGCUCCAGUGUGGGCUGCCAAGCAGCGCGUGCUCUGCGCACUCAACCACAGCCUUCAAGACGCGCUCAACUACGGGCUCUUCCAGCCACCUUCCCGGGGCCGCGCGGGCAAAUUCCUGGAUGAAGAGCGGCUUUUGCAGGACUACCCGCCUAACCUGGACACUCCCCUGCCUUACCUAGAGUUCCGAUACAAGAGGAGAGUUUAUGCCCAGAACCUCAUAGAUGACAAGCAGUUUGCAAAGCUGCACACAAAGGCAAACCUGAAGAAGUUCAUGGACUAUGUCCAGCUACACAGCACAGACAAGGUGGCCCGCCUGCUGGACAAGGGGCUGGACCCCAAUUUCCACGACCCUGAUUCAGGAGAGUGCCCUCUGAGCCUUGCAGCCCAGCUGGAUAAUGCCACCGAUCUACUAAAGGUUCUGCGUAAUGGUGGUGCUCACCUGGACUUCCGUACCCGAGAUGGGCUGACGGCUGUCCACUGUGCCACCCGCCAACGGAAUGCAGGGGCAUUGACGACUUUGCUGGACCUGGGGGCUUCACCUGACUACAAGGACAGCCGUGGCCUGACACCCCUGUACCAUAGUGCACUAGGGGGCGGGGAUGCCCUCUGUUGUGAACUGCUUCUCCAUGAUCAUGCACAACUUGGGACUACUGAUGAAAAUGGUUGGCAGGAGAUUCACCAGGCCUGCCGCUUUGGGCAUGUACAACACUUGGAGCACCUGUUGUUCUAUGGGGCAAACAUGGGUGCCCAGAAUGCUUCAGGGAACACAGCCCUACACAUCUGUGCUCUCUACAACCAGGAGAGCUGUGCUCGUGUCUUGCUUUUCCGUGGAGCCAACAAGGAUGUCCGUAAUUACAACAGCCAGACAGCUUUCCAGGUGGCUAUUAUCGCAGGGAACUUUGAGCUUGCUGAGGUUAUCAAGACCCACAAAGAUUCAGAUGUUGUACCAUUCAGGGAAACACCCAGCUAUGCGAAGCGGCGACGACUGGCUGGCCCCAGUGGCUUGGCAUCCCCUCGGCCUCUGCAGCGCUCAGCCAGUGAUAUCAACUUGAAGGGUGAGGCACAACCAGCAUCUUCUCCUGGACCCUCACUCCGAAGCCUCCCUCACCAGCUGUUGCUCCAGCGGCUUCAGGAGGAGAAAGAUCGUGACAGAGAUGGUGAACAGGAGAAUGACAUCAAUGUCCCCUCAGCAGGCAGGGGCAGCCAGAGCAAGAUAAGCCCGAGCGGGCCCGGCGGCGCCGGCCCGGCUCCCGGCCCCGGCCCGGCGUCCCCUGCGCCCCCCGCUCCGCCGCCCCGGGGCCCUAAGCGGAAACUUUACAGCGCUGUCCCCGGCCGCAAGUUCAUCGCUGUGAAGGCGCACAGUCCGCAGGGCGAGGGCGAGAUCCCGCUGCACCGCGGCGAGGCCGUAAAGGUGCUCAGCAUCGGGGAGGGCGGUUUCUGGGAGGGGACCGUGAAGGGCCGUACAGGCUGGUUCCCAGCCGACUGCGUGGAAGAGGUGCAGAUGCGACAGUAUGACACUCGGCAUGAAACCCGGGAAGACCGGACGAAACGUCUUUUUCGCCACUACACUGUGGGCUCCUAUGACAGCCUCACUUCACACAGUGAUUAUGUCAUUGAUGACAAGGUGGCUAUCCUACAAAAACGGGACCAUGAGGGCUUUGGCUUCGUGCUUCGGGGUGCCAAAGCAGAGACCCCCAUUGAAGAAUUCACGCCAACACCUGCCUUUCCUGCACUCCAGUAUCUUGAGUCUGUGGAUGUGGAGGGUGUGGCCUGGCGGGCAGGACUGCGCACUGGGGACUUCCUCAUAGAGGUGAAUGGGGUGAAUGUGGUGAAGGUCGGACACAAGCAAGUGGUGGGUCUGAUCCGCCAGGGCGGCAACCGCCUGGUCAUGAAGGUCGUGUCUGUGACCAGGAAACCUGAAGAGGAUGGGGCUCGGCGCAGAGCCCCACCACCCCCUAAGAGGGCCCCCAGCACCACUCUGACCUUGCGCUCCAAGUCCAUGACAGCUGAGCUUGAAGAACUCGCCUCCAUUCGGAGAAGAAAAGGGGAGAAGCUGGAUGAGAUCCUGGCAGCUGCUGCGGAGCCAACACUGAGGCCAGACAUUGCGGACGCAGACUCCAGGGCAGCAACUGUCAAGCAGCGGCCAACCAGCCGGAGAAUCACCCCUGCUGAGAUCAGUUCAUUGUUUGAGCGCCAGGGCCUCCCAGGCCCAGAGAAAAUGCCGGGCUCUCUGCGGAAGGGGAUUCCACGGACCAAGUCUGUAGGGGAAGACGAGAAGCUGGCAUCCCUGCUUGAAGGGCGCUUCCCGCGCAGCACAUCGAUGCAGGACACAGUGCGUGAGGGUCGCGGUAUACCGCCCCCACCUCAGACUGCCCCGCCACCCCCACCUGCACCCUACUACUUCGAUUCUGGGCCACCUCCCGCCUUCUCACCACCACCACCACCAGGCCGAGCCUAUGACACAGUGCGCUCCAGCUUCAAGCCAGGCCUAGAGGCGCGUCUAGGUGCAGGGGUUGCUGGCCUGUAUGAGCCUGGGGUGCCUCUGGGCCCGCUACCCUACCCUGAGCGGCAGAAGCGCGCAAGGUCCAUGAUUAUCUUGCAGGAUUCAGCACCAGAGGCGGGCGACAUACCCAGGCCAGCGCCUGCUGCCACACCUCCAGAGCGGCCAAAGCGCCGGCCACGGCCACCAGGCCCGGACAGCCCCUAUGCCAACCUAGGCGCUUUCAGUGCCAGCAUAUUCACGCCGUCCAAACCACAACGCCGAAAGAGCCCACUUGUGAAGCAGCUGCAGGUGGAGGAUGCACAGGACCGUGCUGCCCUAGCUGUGGGCAGCCCUGGCCCUGGGGGAGGCAGCUUCGCACGAGAGCCCUCUCCGACACACCGCGGGCCCCGGCAAGGCGGCCUUGACUACAGUACAGGAGAUGGCUUGGGGCUUGGGUUUGGUGGCCCAGGCCCAGGCCCAGGACCAGGCAAGGAGAGGCGCCUGGAGGAGCGGCGCCGCUCCACUGUGUUCCUGUCUGUGGGUGCCAUUGAGGGUAGUCCUCCUAGUGCGGAUCUGCCUUCCCUGCAGCCCUCCCGCUCCAUCGAUGAGCGCCUUUUGGGGGCUGGCGCCACCACCACCACCACUGGCCGAGAUCUCCUGCUCCCCUCUCCUGUCUCUGCUCUGAAGCCAUUGGUCAGUGGCCCUAGCCUUGGGCCCUCGGGCUCCACCUUCAUCCACCCACUCACUGGCAAACCCUUGGACCCUAGCUCACCCCUGGCUCUUGCCUUGGCUGCCCGAGAGAGAGCUUUGGCCUCCCAGGCGUCUUCUCGGUCCCCUACACCUGUGCACAGCCCUGAUGCUGACCGCCCAGGACCCCUAUUUGUGGAUGUACAGGCCCGAGACUCAGAACGAGGGCCCCUGGCCUCGGCCUUUUCCCCAAGGAGUCCAGCCUGGAUUCCUGUGCCUGCUCGCAGAGAGACAGAGAAGGCCCCCCGGGAAGAGAGAAAGUCACCUGAAGACAAGAAGUCCAUGAUUCUCAGCGUCUUAGAUACAUCCCUGCAGCGGCCAGCUGGCCUUAUUGUUGUGCAUGCCACCAGCAAUGGGCAGGAGCCCAGCAGGCUGGGGGGUGAAGAGGAGCGCCCGGGCACUCCGGAGCUGGCCCAAGCCCCCAUCCCCAUGCAGACAGCAGCUGUGGCAGAGCCCCUACCUAGUCCCAGAUCACAGCCCCCUGGCAGCACCCCAGCAGACCCUGGGCCAGGCCAGGGCAGCUCAGAGGAGGAGCCAGAGCUGGUAUUUGCUGUGAAUCUGCCACCUGCCCAGCUGUCCUCCAGUGAUGAGGAAACCAGGGAGGAGCUGGCCCGCAUUGGGCUGGUGCCACCCCCUGAAGAGUUUGCCAACGGGAUCCUGCUGGCCACCCCACCCCCGGGCCCGGGCCCCUUGCCCACCACAGUGCCCAGCCCGGCCUCAGGGAAGCCCAGCAGUGAGCCACCUCCUGCCCCUGAGUCUGCAGCUGACUCUGGAGUGGAGGAGGCUGACACUCGAAGCUCUAGUGACCCCCACCUGGAAACCACAAGCACCAUCUCCACAGUGUCCAGUAUGUCCACCCUGAGCUCGGAGAGUGGGGAACUCACUGAUACCCACACCUCCUUCGCUGAUGGACACACUUUUCUACUAGAGAAGCCACCAGUGCCUCCCAAGCCCAAGCUCAAGUCCCCGCUGGGGAAGGGGCCGGUGACCUUCAGGGACCCACUGCUGAAGCAGUCCUCAGACAGUGAGCUCAUGGCCCAGCAGCACCAUGCCACCUCUGCCGGGUUGGCCUCUGCCGCCGGGCCUGCCCGCCCUCGCUACCUCUUCCAGAGAAGGUCCAAGCUGUGGGGGGACCCCGUGGAGAGUCGGGGGAUCCCUGGGCCUGAAGAUGACAAACCAACUGUGAUCAGUGAGCUCAGCUCCCGUCUGCAGCAGCUGAACAAAGACACACGUUCACUGGGGGAGGAACCAGUUGGUGGCCUGGGCAGCCUGCUGGACCCUGCUAAGAAGUCGCCUAUUGCAGCAGCUCGCUGCGCGGUGGUCCCGAGCGCCGGCUGUGUAAGUGAGCAUGCCCAUCCCAUGCCUCUUGCAGUCCACAUGCUGUGCCUGGCUGCCCAGGUUUGCUCUGCAUGGCUGUGUGGUGCUUUGGUGCUACUGAUGGCCUCCGAGGCUAUCCUUGGGCAUAGUAAGGGGUAGGGAUGGGGAUAAGGGAAUAUGGGAAUUGGCUUCCUCUGGAGCAGCCGCUUUUGGUUGGUCUCCCUCCAGAUAGUCUGAGGCAGGGCUAGAGGACCAGGGUCCUACCAGGUUGAGGCUGGGAUGUUAGAUAAUCCCGUCUGUCCUUGUGUGUGUGUUGCUGCAUCCCUGUCACUGAUGCUGCAUGUCUGCAACCCAUAUGGCACCAUUGCUGCUGUGGUGUACGCUCCUGUGAAAGAAGACUGUCUUCUUGUUAUGGUGUGCUGCUGCCUCAAACCUGCAGUGCUCUACCUGCUGUGGGUGUGAGCACUGCCCUGGUGUCUUGUCUCCAGUGUCAUGGACCUGUUCAGUCUUGUGCCACGAUCAGCCUUUACCAUGACUCCAGUCAUCCCUGAAGCUAGCCCAGGUUUCCCUGGGUCUCCUCAAGAGCAGAGCUGUAUGUGAGGAGUAGUGGAGAUAUUGCACAAAUUCUACUAUCCAAAGAGUCUGUGGAUACCCAGAGCCAUUGUUAGAGGCUGGCAGACUUGCUCGUGAUUCUUGCCUCCAGUGGGCUGCCUUUGGAGCCCUGUGGAGAGGGGGUGGCAGACCAGUCUUAGAUUCCAACACGUCUAGGAGGCUCCAGAGUAGGCAUUGGCUCUGACCUAGGGUGGCAAACAAGGGUGGAGUGACCAUAGGAAAUUCACUCAGCCCUAGUUGUCUUGUACCCCUGCUGUGCCCAACCCCUUUCUGCCCCCACUUUUACUUUCCACUCCUCACCUGGCCCUGAUCCGCUCUCCCCUCCGCAGGCUCUUCAGCAGCCUCGGUGAGCUGAGCACCAUCUCAGCGCAGCGCAGCCCCGG